AUGGAAAAGCUGCUGAGCCAUUUCUAUGAUGACGAUGGUCAUGAGCCUUUCUUAGGCAAAGUGUGGCCUAUUUUUCAUGAGCAUGGCAUUGCCGCCCUCUUGUUCGCCAGGUGAGCUCAAACGCAUGCUCGAGUCGUGUUGACAGCACAGCCGCGCUGACAGCGCCACAUCUCUUCAUCAUUCUCCAUGCCGCCCCCUCGCUCCUUCUUCCAGUGAGGACUACUGCGCGGCUAGCGGCAUUCAGAGGAGCCGCUCCAGAAAGGAAUUGCUGUUUCCCAGAGCGCACAUGGCCACAAUCGCAAAGGCGCACGGCCUCUCAGCGAUCGUGAGUUUCCAAGAUGGACUCCUCUUCUCUCGUAGCAGUCCUCCUUCCUCAUCAUCUGACAUGCCUCUUUACUCCCCCUGUCACGUGGCCCGCGGUGCGCUCGCCAGGAUAUGUGAGGGGCGCACAAGAAGGAUGUUGCAACGCAAGCCAGUCUCUGACGCUUGCUUUCACGCCUCCAUAGGGUGUGCAUCGACUACAAAGACGACGAGUAUCUUCGCGAGGAAUCGUUGGAAGGCCGUUCGAUCGGCAUGGACGGUAAGCAAGCUAUUCAUCCCUCUCAGGUCAAGGCCAUUCAGAAAGCAUAUCUACCAAGCGAAGAGGGUGAGCCGUCGAUCAGCCGUGUCAUUAGUCCAGUCCGCAUCGUCUGCCAGCUGCUCAAAGCAUUUCUUCGCCACAGAUAUCGAACGUGCCACGCGCAUCCAGGAGGCUUAUGAGUCGUCCAUCGCAGCAGGCGCGGGCGCAGUGGGUCUGAAAGAGAAAGACGGGUCCACCAUCAUGAUUGACACUCCCAUGCUCUUGCAAGCACGAACGACCCUUCGCAAGGCACGUGCAGCAGGUCUCAAUGUGCCUGAUCCUGACGCUUAG